AUGCCUAGUUGGCGAGACCAAUAUCUCUCAUCUUUAAAAGAUGCAGAGCUCAGCAACCCCGUCAACAUGGAGCUCGUCCAGACCUGCUCGCAGAUGGCGGACCGGAUAUCCGCGCUGGAGGCUGAAAAGACGGGACUAGAGUCGCUCAUCUCCAGCAGCGGCAAACCCACCAAGCAACAACCCAUCGAACCCUCGAGCAACGAUCCCGGCGUUGCCCAGUUAAAGCAAGACCUCGCCGAAGCCCUGCGGUCCAAGGGCGUUACCGAAUCUCGACUACGAACCGCCGAAGAAGAGCUCACGAAAUUGCGCUCAAAAACAAAAUCCGAUUCGAGAUCGAUCCGAGACUUGACGGCCGACAAGACCCAUCUCACAACCAGACUUAAGGAUAGGGAGUACGAGUUGCGGGAGAAGCGCAAGUUGAUCGAGCAAGUCCAAGACGAGAUGAUAGCGCUCAACCUUCAGAUGUCCAUGGCCGAGAAGGAACGGGACAAGGUCAAGAAGGAAAACAAGGAGCUCGUCGACCGGUGGAUGAAGAGGAUAGCCCAGGAAGCCGAUGCUAUGAACCUCGCCAACGAGCCCAUCUUCGAAAAAGAACGAUAG